CUGCAGCGAGUUUAGGCAGUAGACAGCCAGCAGUGCAGUCAGCCAGUCUGGGAUCUCCCAAUGCCCAACAAGAAUCCUUUCCAAGGGGCAGCACUAUGGGUUUUGAACUAGAACGCUUCAGCGGCCAGGUGGACCCCGACUUUAAAUGCAACUUGUGCAAUAGGGUCCUGGAGGACCCCCUGACCACCCCUUGUGGACAUGUCUUCUGCGCUGGCUGCGUUCUGCCCUGGGUGGUGCAACAGGGCAGCUGCCCAGUUAAAUGCCAAAGGAUCUCUGCCAAGGAGCUCAAUCACGUGUUGCCCCUGAAAAGCUUGAUCCUUAAGUUGGACAUCAAAUGUGACAACUACUCCAGGGGCUGCGACAAGGUGGUGAAGCUCCAAAACUUGGGAGAGCACGCAGAAAUGUGCGACUACUCGCCAGCCAAGUGUAGGAACAAGGGCUGCAAUGAGGUGCUCAACCUCAAGGACAUGGAUGUCCACAUGAGGGAACAUUGCGAGCACCGGGCUGUGGGCAUCUGCCAGAAGGGCUGUGGGCUCAUGUUGACUUUCAGGGAGCAGAAUUUGGGGGACCACUGCUGUUUGAAGGCAGUCAAGGGGCAGAAUGGUGUUUUGCAGACCAAGAUUUCAUGGAUGGAGACUGAGCUCAAGAAGAGGGCACUAAGGUCCUCCAAGAGAGAGAAGUCCCUAGUGUCCCAGCUUUCUGCAGUUCAGAAUGAGUUGCAAAUAACGGCACUGAGAUACCAGAAGAAAUUCACGGAAUAUAGUGCAAGGCUGGACUCUCUCUCCAAGGUUGUAGCUUCUCCAUGCAAGGUAAGUAGAACUCUCUCUUUCAUAUCCCACCCAAAACAAGUCCCUCUGUUUGCUUGAAACUCUGGAGUGGAAUCCUGCAUGAACUUGCCUAAUAACCUUCAGACCACCUUUCCAGGGGCUGCUUGCUACUGAGAGGUUCUUAAUGAGGGGGAGCUGGAUGACUGCUUAACCAAAAUCCCAGGCCCUUAGAAGGCUUGGAUUGUCCACCACCUCCUAGAACAGUCUGACUUGACCAGGACAGCUUGAAGAAGAAACUUCUUGAAGUUUGGUUAUCUCAUCUUGGGGUGGUUGACUGUUUUUUUUCUGUUAGAUCUUGGAAGUCUGAGAAUUUUGACAGAUCCCAGGCACUUGUUUAGAAGUUUAGUAACUCUGGCUUUUGUAAUGGUGGUUUUAUUGCAUUUUAAUUACUAAAAAAAAAUAAAAAAAAUAAUAUAUAUAUAUAUAUAUAUAUAUGUAUAUAUAUAUAUAUUUAUACAUUUUUUAUUUUCCAAAAUCUGUAACUCCCUGGGCGCUGAGUCGUCCAGACUUAAACAGUUAUUAGUAAGGUCCAAUAUGAUCUGUCUGCUCACAAGUGCUGUGUUGAAGAGAAGCUAUUUAACUCUUCAUUGUUGGAGAUACUGGAACAUUUAAUAGAAUCUUUUGGGAUUCCUGUUCUUCAAGUGGGCAGAUAUAAGCAAUGUGUGUGCUCAAAUGUUAACCCCCCAAAACUCAAAUUUCCAAUACCAUACUCAAAACACCUUUUUAAUAAAAAUAAUUCCACUUUCUGUUUUUAAAUCUGUUAUGAGUGCAGUGUAGCCACAGAUAUCUGAUGUUAAUUGUGCAUGCUUCAUUAAUGGAAUCAUUCAGUGUAAAGACACAGCCUAACCUUAUAAAAACACACACAUUACUACGUUAGAUCUGUUAAGUCAUUUUAUAAACUUGCUUUUCACAUGACAGUUUAAAAUACCAUCUGUGUCCAUUUCUUUUUGUUUUGCUUAAGAAAGCUAAAGUAUGGUGACUGAUGUAAGUGUUCAGAAAAAGUGUCAUGAAAUCUAAACUGCUGAGCUCAGAGUAAAUCACGUUAAACAUUCCAUUUUUUUUCCCGAGUCCUUUAAAAAAUAUUUUUUUAGAAAAACAGGUAUUUUUGCUCAAAACAUCAACAAUUUAAAACUUGUGGUUACUUUUUCCUGUGUCUGUAGCUGAUUCCUUUUACUGCAGAAUUGAAGCCAAUUUUACAUUUUUUUAAAAUCAAUUCUGACACCAGCUGUGUUUAUUAAAAGCUGACAUAGCUUUUUGUGCUUCACUUUGCUCUGCCACUCAAAUGGUUAAUAAGCAAUAACGUACCCCCUUAACAGAGAUUCUGGAGGAAAAAAAGGCAAGUUUGGUAUCAGAUAAGUGCUUCCACAUCAGAUAAAAAGCUUGUCUUAGUUUCUUGAAAGAGACCAGUUUUCCGUGUCAGUGACUGUCAGAAUCCAAAACAGCCAUGGGGGCUUAUUUGUGGACCAUUGUAUUGAAGUGUGGAAAGAGUUAACUCAAAAGAACACAGCCUUUGGGUCAAAUGCAGUCUUCUCUCCUAAACCGAAAUUAUGGGUUACUCAUGCAAAAUUCUUUAUAAAUAUGAGGCUUUUAAAAUGCCAAACAAAUAUAUUGAGGUAUCCAAGUGUAUUAUAUUUAAACCAAAAUCGUCUAAGUAGUAUAUACCCUUGCCCAAAAUAGCAUUCUAAGCAGCAAAAAUCUAAAUGACUUUAACAUUGCAUCUAUUAGAUAUAUUUUUAGAUGUUUUCUUUUUUUUUUUAAAUUAAAAAAAAAAUUAUUUUUAUAACGUAGCAUUUUUUUCACUUUGCAAAUCUGUAACUAGUAAUUAUCCUCAAACUAUGUAAAAGGUGUUUAUUUUUUUAAUUUCUCAGUUAUUUAUAUUCAUGCAGGUUUAUCAAUUUUAUAUAUUUUUCUUUUCUCUUCAUUUUUAACUUGAUACACCACUGGAACUUAAAGGAUUAAUUUAAAACAUUUUUUUUCCCCCCCUUCUUUUCUUGCCUUUAGACAUGUCUGUCAGCUUUAAGGCUGAGCCAGCCAGAGGGUUCUGGGUAAGGGACAAAUAUUUACAGCAAGUUUCCUUAGCUGCUGUGAAAAGACAGGGUAUGCUUUAUAAAGUAAUGUCAAGAGGGCAUGCUUCUAAUAACAGCCUCAAAUACAAGGAAUAUUAACACCUUGAAUGCCUGCGUUCAGUGGAAAGUGUGAUACAGAACAAUAUACUAAGCUUCUGUGUUUGAAAAGGAAGUUGUCUUGCUGAAACCAUAUGUACCUUAAGUAGUUAAAAGUGGCACAUUUGUUAUGCUCUGCUCUGGCACUCAAUGGGUUAAGAUUGUAUGAUUUUUUUUAUUUUUAAAUUUUUUUUAAAUUUUUUUUUUUUUAUAAAUGCUCUAUUUUUCCCCAUAGUUCUUUUCAUUUAACCAACCAAUUUUUGCUAACCUUGAAAACUGUUAUAUGGUUAUUCAAUAAAAAGAGAAUUCAAAUUUAAGGUCGAAAUAGCCAAACUAGGAAAAAUCUUUUUAAGUCAACUAUGCUUCCAAUUUGGCUACUCUGACUUUAAAUUCAAAAGUGACUUUGAACACACUUUAGUAGAUAACCCUGACCGUGUAAAACCUUUUUAAUGAAAACCAUCACGGAAUAUCACUAGAGUUUAAUUGAAUUUUUGCUCUAUUGCAUUUUGUUUUUUUAUCAUGUAACAGUUUAGUGAGUCAAAAGAUGCCAAGUAUCUGUUUAUUAUAUUAUUUAUAUAGCGCCAUCAGAUUCCGUAGCGCUGUAUAAUGGGUGGACUAACGGACGUAAUUGUAACCAGAUAACUGGACAUACAGGAACAGAGAUGUGGAGGGCCCUGCUCAAUGAGCCUACCGUAUCUGUCGGAUUAGAGGUUCAGUAUAUAGGACUUUGAGGGGCUUCUAGUAUGUUUUUAUAACAUAUACAUUUUAUUUUUGGGGGGUGUUUUUUUAUUUUUUUUAUUUAUUUAUAUAUUUUUUUUACUUGGCUGUACAAAAUUUGAAUUUUGUCAAUAGACAAAUCACUGGUUAAUGAAUACACCCUAGCAUAUUUAAUAACUAGGGAGGAGACCCAUCUGGUUGUGUGUCUAAAUAAAACAAUCAAAAAAUGUUAGUUGACAAAAGUGACACCGGUUUUAGCAGGCAUGACUCCCUGGCUCUUGAGGUGUAUGAAGCCCUGUAGUAAUUUAGUUGUUUAAUAGGUGAUCAUUUUUACACCUUUUUGUAAUUCUGUGGUUGGUUAUAGCACUCCUGCUCCAAGAGAAACAAUUCAUUCCUUUGGAACACUCUGAAAAACUGUGAUGCAAGCUGGAAUUUUAAGAGAAGUGAAAAUAGACUCCUGUGGUUUUAUUGCCUGUCAGGGGGUCAUUAUUUGUGCCUGGACUGAUAGGGACAUUUUUUUUUUUUUUUCAAUAUCUGUAAUGCAGUUUAAUCACUGAACAAUGUGAAUGCUUGGGUUGACAAGUGACUUUGACCAAAUAGUCCUAUGUAAUCACUGUACUAAUGAACUCCCUUCCGCUGAACAACAAUGCUAAGUGAAAUUUAACCCACAAAAACCCCACUACGAGUUUGCAUCAGUGCUGGUCAGUCUUCCAGAGCUCUGUCAUCCUAGACACUACAGCAACUUCAUUAUGUCAAACUUCAUGGCUGCAUUCUAACAGCCAGAGAGAGAAGAGGAGAAAGCAAAAAUCCAUGCAUUCUAAGUAUAGCAUCCUCCACACCCUGUAUUGUACAGAUGCUUGAUGUCCUUGUACCUUUCCUGUACACGCAUCAUACCCAUAAACAGACAUAUACAUAUUGCUUUUUCGCUCUUGUGAUAUUUCCAAGAAUUAAAAAUGAGUCAAAAAGAAACGAUAUGAAACACUGUAGAUGAUGCAUGCUGUAUAUUCAUGUGCAUUACCUUGGAACCUGCAUUGAGGACUGCAUGGAAGUACAGUGUGCUGGCCUUACCAUAUUGCUGUCAGUCACAGGCCUAGCACUCUAGUUAAAGGUUAUUAGAGUCCUUAAGGAGAACCUCCUUGGGAGACAGAUUACACGUUGAUUGUAAGUACAUAGUGUUCUAGGUAAAGAUACCACAGCAGCUUCCACUGCAUUAAAAAUGCAAAACUAAUUCUAAAACAAGCAGUACAUUAUCACUACCCUCACAUAUAUUUUUAGUCUCUGUAUGCAGGCAGAAAUUUUUAUAUACCAUCACCGAAUGGCCAGCUUAGUUUUAUUAAACUGCCAUACUGGAUGAAUAGACAGCGGCAGGUCUGCCAUCAGACAUUUUGGGGCCCCUGACAAAGCACACAGUCUGGGCCCCCCACCCUCGGGGCCACCCACACGUCCGCACACAGGACUCCUACCUAGUUCGUUGACAAUGAUGCAGGACUGAAUGUGGUGUGUAUAGUGGAAGUGAAUUGUAAUGGAUGUAGUGUUUGUGUGUAUUAGAUACUGUUUUUGUGCAGUGAAUGCAGAGUGUGUGUUUGUGUAGUGGAUGCAGUGUGUAUAGUGAACGCAGAGUGUGUUUGUGUAGUGGAUGUAGUGUCUACAGUGAUGUAGUGUUUGUGUGCAGUGUCUGUAGUGGAUGUAGUGUGUGUAUUAGACGCAGUGUCUGUGUAUAGUGAAUGCAGAGUAUUUGAAUGUGUGGUGGAUGUAGUGUGUGUACAGUGAAUGCAGGAUGUUUGUGUAGUGGAUGCUGUGUGUAAAGUGAAUGCAGAGUGUGUGCAUAGUGUGUAAUGAACGCAGUGUCAGUGUAGUGUAUGCAGAGUGUGUGUCAGUGCAGUGAAUGCAGAGUGUGUUAGUGUAAUGAAUGCAGUGUGUGUGUGUGUGUAGUGUAUGCAUGUUGUGUAAAUGGAGCAUUUCCCCCCCCCCCACACACACUUUAAAAGUGGAAAAAUGUUAUUCCCCCCUCCCUGGUUCUUACCUGGUACAGGGAGGGAGGAGAUUCCAUCCCUGGUAGUCCGGUGGCAUUGUGGGGGCCCCCGGCUCCCUGUAUUUACAGAGGGGGCCCAGCAGACUGCAGGAGCACAUUACAGCUCUUCCCUCUCUCUAACUUCCGCGAGCGCGGUGUGUGUGCCGCGCGGAGUAUUGCCAUGAUAACCCUUGGCAAUGCUUUGACGACCGCACGUGUUGCGGGAGUUACAGAGAGGGAAGAGCUGUAAUGCACAGCUGCGGUCUGCCGUGCCCCCUCUGCAAGUAUAGGGAGCCGGGGGCCCGCGGCUAUAUAUCUAUAUCUCUAUAUUGAUCAUAUAUAUAUAUAUAUAUAUAUAUAUAUAUAUAUAUAUAUAUAUGUGUGUGUGCAGAGAGGCAAUGUGGGGCCCGUGACAACCAUCACGGUUGUCACCCCCUAAUGGCGGUCCUGGACAGCGGACACCUUGCCGUGUUCCUUUUUGCCUCUAAUAACCGCAUUGUUGGAGGGGUUAUAUGCCAUAUCCCUCCCCUACUAUCUCAGGGCAGCAGUGAUGACCGUAGCAUACCGCCACCGUUCAUGCAUGGCUGGGCCACAAAGGGGUCUAUCAUGAUGCAGACAGGACUCUCCAAGCCCCUGGUCUCGGCAUUCUGUGCCAUGUGCUGUUUGUUAUUCCCUCUGAUUUUGGGACCCGACCAAAACCUCCCUAUGGAUUGGGCCCCUUAUAGGAGGCCAUGCUUACAAAUAGCCCAUGCAUAAACUGGUUCAUUUGCCCCUGGGUGCAAAGCCAUCAAGCCUCCAGUGCAUGGAUUCAUUUAAUUGAUGACUGUGAUCUUGGCAAAUAAUCUGCCUUACUGAAACACAGCCAAACAAAGACAUCAUAUGUGUGCACACAUUGAUGAAUUUUAUUAUAUAUUUUUUCUUUUCAAAUCUGUUUUAGGCAGAGGAAGGAGAAAUAGCAAGAGGUGCAGUUGAGUUAAAAGUUCUGGUUUGGUGGGUGCACCUUAAUUGUCAUUGUUACUUUUGCAAGUUUUGUUUUGCAAAGACCUCCAAGGGGACACGUCUGAUUGCAUGACAGCACCCAGCAUUGGAAGGGUGAUGUAAAUACUAGGAACUAUCUUUCCUCUCCAUCCUGCAGAUGUUGCCUUCGGAAUUACUGGUAUACUAAACUGGAGUCCAUUUGACAGGGGGCAGAGCUUAACCGCGGAAAAAAGUAGGCGCCAUUUUCCGCAGCUCCGACGGCGCUCUGCACAAUCCGCCGAAAAUCACAAUAUAUCCAGCCCAUCCAACCAAACCAACAUAACCAUCCACACACAGACGUCCCCCGGUGUCGGCACAUGCCGUUCUUUGCAAACUCCGGACAAAACCGGUGACGCAAAAAGACCGCGGCCUACCAUCUCCCUACAAGACCUAUUGGGGCGCAUCCCCCUCCAGAGAGAGUGUAACUGGAGAACAGAUUACCCCUCACCAGCAAAUCAACCCUCAACCAUGGGGAGACUCUCCCAGAAACCUCAGCCAGGUACACCAAGCGAAUCCCAAGACAUUGGGGCUCUUUUGCAACGCCAGGCUCAGCCCAAAAUGGCGGCCCCAGUAUACCAGGAGGUCCCUGUCGACCCUCAGACCCAAACACAUGACUCCCCUCAAGCUCACACCCUACCACAAGCAGCAGAGAUAACAGCUGCAGGCUUCCCUGAUCUAACAGCUCUGGCCACCAAGCAGGACAUUAAAAACUACCUCACCGAAUUUCGCCAGACACUAGCCACAGACAUAAGUCAUCCAGGCAGACCUACAGGUGGUAACAGACAGGGUGAGAGCCACUGAAGAGGACAUCAUAGAUGUGUGGCAGGAAGUGUCCAAUGUGAAGGACUCUUUGCAAAAUGUCCAAAAGAUGCAACAAGCUUUCUCCGCGCACCUUGCCAUGCUGGAGGACCGUUCCAGACGUAAUAACCUGAAGAAAAGAGGGGUGCCUGAGUCUGUCACCAUGGCAGAAUUGCCCCACUACCUGAGACAACUAACGGCCUCACUACUGCCACCGCCACAAGCCAAAAAGCUCGCAUUUGAUAGCAUGUUUUGCCUACCAAAAUCACCAAGUGCCCCAACAACUGCAGUAAGUGACAUCAUAGUCCACUGCGCUCUAGCCCAAGACAAACAGGCACUCCUCUCAGCUCUACGAAACCAAACACCUUACACAUUUGAGGGUGCUGAAUUAUCCUUCUACCAGGACAUAUCAAGGUCCACCUUGCAAUGGCGCAAAACACUCCUCCAAGCUACGAGCCAACUGAGAAACGCGGGAAUACUAUACCAAUGGACACACCACGAGCUCUCAUGGUGAACCACAAUGGGACUAGUCACAAGAUCACCUCAGCUGAAGAGGCACCUGCAUUGCUGCUACGAGGAGUCAGGAAACCGGAGGGGAACACUAACCUGGGACCCAGCCACAGUAAUCGCCUUCACUCUACGAGACCACACAACUACAGGCACUGGGACAUAACUGGGCUCAAAACCCAACAGGCAAAGGGCAGCUAUGGACUGCACCCAUUCCACAAUUUUUUACCCUUGUUUUGUUAGCUCUUUUUGCUUUUUGUUCUGCCUCUGGCUAGCCAUGGUUACCAAACCCAGAAUACCCUCCUUGCUUAAAAGCUGGCAAAUGUCUGUCCUCCAUAUGAGGCCUUACAAAGAGGGGUAACAACACGCAAGAUACCCACCACGACUCCCUCCCCCCGCCGCAGCCUCCUUGGUUAGGGGCACUAACAGCUAAAAACGACCUGAUCUCUAUUAGCCGCAACUAUUAUAUACACUAAACCAGAACACCUGCUCAAAACCUGAGGCACUAGCUGACACUCGCACUCAUGUACUUCAGCUCACGGCAAGCUACACAACACCUUAAUGACAGUAGCAAUUUUAUUUGUUCUAGUUUAGAGCUGUUCAACUCAGCCCUCAAUCACUCCUACCUAGCUCCCAUACAGGCAUCACAUACCCACAAGCACAGGUCGCAGGGUGUUGUCCCUAGUCUGGACAGUGACGCUCUUGCAGCACUCACUAGAUUGACACACAAAUUCCAGAGGAGCACCUUAGUCCAAGCGGUACUUAAGCCUAGUUUUACAUGCUAUAGCAUACUAUAUCAUAGCAUUGGGUACCCUCGAUAAAAAACAAAAGUUUACUAUUGUUAUAUUUGUGAAAUAUCUGGUUCAAGCCAGGAUUCCUGGCCUACUGCUUUAUUAAAAAAAAUAAAAAAUGGUGCAACUUUUUCAACAUGCUCUGUACACGCAAACUACUUUUAUUGCAUUAUCAGUCAAUGUCACUUCUUUACUUGCAUACGUUCUUUUCCUUGCACCGCAAAAAUAAUUAUUAAAAAACAAACAAAAAACAACUGGAGUCCAUUUAAGAUAUUGUUAGAGCUCUGGAUCCUCCAAUGUGCAAAGAGAUGUUGUAGGCAAGAAGAUGCCUCUGGUGUUGGCUGAACGGAAAUAGUAAGAUGUUGCAAGUAGAGGCUAUUUAAAGCUCCACCGUUUGUCAAAAAAUGUCUCGUACAUAAGGUGAAACAUACAGGGCUAUUCACUAAAUUUAAAGUGAAUUUAAAAUUUAAGGCCAAAGUAGCAGAACUGGAACAAUAGCUGAAUUAAAUUUUAUUUUUUUCUACCCAUUUCGGCUUUUGACCUUUGAAUUUGAAAUUCACUUGGAAUUCUCACGUUAGUGACUAAUCUUGUCUAAUAUCAGCAAUAACCUUUUUAGGAGCCCUGAUUCCAAGGUUUUGUGAAACCUUGAUCUAGUCUGUUCUUCUCAACAUUCUUCGAAGAUAUUGAGCAGCUCUGCAGAAGAUCUACAGACACAAAAGCCGGUCCUUGCUAAUCUAUGACUCGUUUUUAGCCCCUAGCUACUUUUUACCCUGUCUUAAUCAUUCUUGAGGAGCUACAAGGCUUUCAGUAUCUGUAUGUGGUAUCCUUACCUAGUAUAAACAUUUUUUGUUUUAUAAUACACUGCUGCAUUGUUCAUUUUAAAGAGAGGAAAAUCUACAUUUCCCCAAGUCAUGAAAUUCAUCUUUAUCCUGCUCUGUGCAACGCUUGUGUGCCAAAUCCAACACUACUUAUUUUUAGCACUUAUUGGAAGGUGGGCAGGGCCUUUUCCAUCUGCCUCUCUGUCCAGCUGGGACCAGACCUAUGCAAUUCAAGCUAUGCUGCUAUUCCUCUGUUCAUUAUUGAGAAAGGAGCUGGCCAAGUAGUCCACUCUAGGGGCUGAAAAAUUGUUUAUAUAGCCAAAUAAUAUCGCACAAAAGUUUGGCUCUGUGGGGUCUCAACCUAGAAGUCUUAAAGAGUCUUUGUCAACACCCCCUCCCCACCCAAACAAAAAAAUUGAGUAUGUCAUACAGAGAAAAUCUUUGUUGGAAUUUUACUGAAAAAAGGCACUACUUUGUCUUGUGUAUUAUAAUUCUAUUUGACAAAGGGCGGAGCUACAGCCAUCUGUAGUGAGUGCUGUGGGAGAAAUGCAUUGUCUUCCUAAUCGCGAGACAAUAUCUAUGGAGGCUCCUGCACUACUCUUGUGGGUUCUUGGCAGAUGAAGCACCAGGAACUUAAGAAAGAAGAUUGAGGUGUUCACUGGGGACAGCAUCAGGUAAGUAUCUCACCUGCUCUGUACAAAGCACACCAGUGCUUACUUACCUGAACUUGUCCCUCGCGGGCAACCCCAUCUUGGUUAAGCUGCUCUUCUUCUGCGCCAGAAGCCGACGUCUCUGCUCUACUCUCAUGCCUGCAGGAGAAUACAGCAUUGAGGCCUAUGGGGGAGAUCAUUGUAUAUAACUCUAGAAUGAUCAGUAGCAUGCCACAUAUGCCAUGAAACUUAGAUUUACUUAAAGCUCUGAUUUCUAAGGGCUUAUCCUGCAUUUUACAAUGCAAUAAAUGCAGUCCCCAUCAAAAAUGCUGAAUUGCUUUAUUGAUGUAAAAAAAAAAAAUAUUUUGUUCUGUACAAAGUCAUAGGUGUGUAUUAUUUUCAAUUUAUUUUUAGAUAUUUUUUAUUUUGAUGUGUGUAUGUGAGUGUUUGUUUGUAUUUUUUGUCAGCAGAAUGUGGUAGAUUUUGGAAAUCUAAUCCUUGCUUUGCAAUCAGGGCAUGCAUAGUGAGUCCCACAAUUAUUCCCAACAAUAAGUCAUAUUGGAACAUAACUUUUUUUUAUUUUUAUUUGAAUUGCACUUAUGCAAACUUUUGUUAUUGUGUUGAAACCGUGGUUCCACUUGAAAAUUGAUUCUUAGAUGAAUAAUUUUUCCAGGUAAUACGGCUUAUAUAUUUCUUGACGUUCUGCCGUUUUCAGAUCUCUUGUUCUAGCCAAUCCCCCAGCUGUCAGUAAAUACCUCAUUUGUCACUCUGAUUGUUUCUGCAGAAUGAAACUCCAGGGACUGCACACAUUCCUAAAAAGCAUGGUUUCUUUUCAAGCUGUGAUAUUUCAGGUUGUACUAACAUAUAAAUCUCAUUCAGAUACGUCUUUGAAAGGUCCUGGUCAGAUGGCGAUUCCAGUAAAGUGUAAAACGACUCAGAACAUUGCUUCGUCUGUGUGAAUAUUAGUAGACCUGUGUUUGUUCCCUUACAAUAAACAGUUUGCUGAAAGAAGAGAAAAAAAAAAACUUGCCAAAGUUAGCCUCACUUCACUAUCAAAUGCCAUGAGGCCACAGUGUAUUCUGGGUAAUGGAAUGCAAACUAGCAUUAGUAAUUUGCGGUGGGUUCCAAAGGUCUGAGGCCUUUUAACAAGGCUCGUCUUCUGACGUUCUUUAUUUAAAUAACAAUAAAAUGAAAGAAACCAGGGAAACUAGGUAAAAACACACAGCUUUAAAGUGUUACCUCUUUAAAGAUCCUUGGAUUUCUCUUAAGGGCAGUUUUACUAAACCAGUGAGUUAAAAUAAGGUAAAGCGGCACUAUCACCCCCACAUACUUUGUUGGAUUUUCACUGAAAACAUAGUCAAAAUAUAUACUGAGACAAAGUAAGGACUACUUUGUCUUAGUAUUUUUCUUGCACUUGACACUUGUUGACACUGGGCAGAGCUACCAUCUUCAAGAAGUGUUAAUAAUAUAUCCCUAACCCUAUAUAUACACCUGAAUAGCACCACUAAGAUGUUCCUCUUGGAAGUAGCGCUGUAAAACACUGUGGCUUUUAAAUGAUCACUCCAAACAUUAUAACCACUAGAGGGUAUUGUAGUAGUUAUGGUGCCUGGAGUGCCCUAAUGCCAAACUGAAAAUCGAAUUCUAAAAAUUCAGGCUGAAAUAGUCCAAGCUGUGACAAUAGCCAAGUUGGAGAAUUUUUCCAAAAUGGCUAUUUUCGCUUAAGUCUUUAUUUUAUUUUUUUUAUAUUCUUAAUAUGAUCAUCCAAUGUGACUAAAUCCCUUUGUUAUAUAUCUAUAUCUCGAUUUUAAAGGACCACUAAAGGCAUCCAGACCUUUUUAUCUCAACAAAGUGGUCUGGGUGCAGUAGUCCUUUUAGUUUUCACCCUGCAAUAAAACCAUUGCAGUUUUGUAGAUGAUAAACACAAGUUAAACAAGCAAUUUUUUUUUGUAGAGGAAAGUGUGCAGGUGACGUUAAUUCGUAGUAAAGUUAAUUCAGCAGGGUUGUUUGUAUAAAAGUAGUAUUCUGAUAGUACAUAACUCUGACAGCUGUUAAGUACUGCAUAUAAACCUUUUGCUUCUGUGAACAAAGCCUGUUUAUUCACUUCUUGGUAAAGGCUACUUUAGUAGAUAAUCCUUAAAGGUAGUUUCGCCAGUAAUUUACAUUAUAUUUUUGUUUGAACAUUGCCUACGGUAAUGUCAUGUCACCGCAUCAAAGGUAGAAGCGGAAGGUAUAUUUCCCCCCCCCCACCCCUCCAGCUGAUCUAAAACUUAAGUCCCAGGAUUCUCAAAACUGGUUAAGCGCUGUGUGGGAUGCAGUUCUACAGCUGAGCUGACUAAUCUUUUGGACAUGCUUGGUUUUCGUAAUUCUCAAUGUUUUUGACAUCUAUGUUUUGCAAUAAUCUUGUUCUUGUUGUGGCUUAGUCUAAUGUUUAUCUAAUCAUUUGCUGUGACCAACAAUUUCAGGGUGAUGUUCAAUUUGCUAAAGGCUUUGCAAUUUUUGUAUUUUUUUUUUUUAUAAAUAUUUUCAGCUUUUCCAAAGUCCAUAUCUGCCAACAUUUGAAAUGGAAUAAGAGGGGCACUUGAGGGGUCUGAGUGGGAGUGUGGACAGGGGUAGGGGCUGUUCCGAUAAAUUUUGGAUGACUUGGGAAUUGACCAUUUCCUAUUUCUACCGGAUUUUCCCAAUUUUACACCCACACUGCAACCCACCACUCCUUUCAGUGUUAGACCAGCCAUAACACUGACAAAUCUGUCACAUAGAUAAUGCCAGGGGUGACUGACUUUAACUCCAGCCCUGUGUGGAACCCUGAAAAUUUCAAGGUGGUGUUGCCUGUGAAUUAAGUGUGUGGUUUUAUUUAUUUUGUGCAGUGAUUUUUCACAGCCUUAUUGAAAAUGAAAUGAAUGAAACUGUAUACACAGGUAUUUCCCAAGGUACUCGCCAUGCAUGAAUGCAGCACAACCUGUACGUGUUUUGAACAGAGAGGAUUUCCUCCUCUGCUUUUUGAAAGUAAGGAGCCAGUCUUGUAGCUGCAAAAAAAUGGGGGGAGGGCUGCAAUCGGCUGGCAUAACUUGCAGAAUUUAGCAGCAUGUUUAGCUUCCACUUCACAGUAAAUGGAAUGCUGAAGGCAAUAGAAAUUUCCAGAAAUUGCUUUGUUCCUAGUUAAAUUCACUGUUCAAAGGAACACUCAAAGCACCAUAACCACUACAGCACACAAUACUGGUUAUGGUGCCAGGAGUGCCCUGGUGCUCCCCAAUUACUAAUAAUUUAGUGUUUAUAGAACGGUUUGACGUCUUAUCUGGGGUUCACCAGGCACCGCUUCCCGCCUCAACUACAGCUGUUAGAGUCAGAAGCUAUCUGCCUGACCAACGCACAGGAAUGUAGGGAAUAGUUCAUUGGUUGAGCGGGAUCAGCUGACACUGCAGGGCCUAGCUCAGGAGAGCCACCGCAGCUCCGUUCUGACAGCAUGCAGUCAGUGUACUCCUGGCAUCAUAACCACUACAGAGUACUACAGUGAUUAUGGUGUUUGCAGUGUUUAACAAAACAGUCUGUGUUAAAUAAUUAUGGCAGAGUUUAAUUAUAGUGUAGGCUGUAUACAGAAAACAAGUACAUAGCUUUGUUCACCAACGUAUGAAACAUCUGGAUUUCACAGGUAAUUCAGAGUGAAUUUUAAACUACAAUACCAAAUUGAUAGAAUUCUCCAAGUUCUCUCUUUCAUUUUGGCUCAAAGUUGAAAUUUAUGGAACCUGUCUGCUCUCCCCACUCCUAGUCCUUUGUUGGAUGCUGCAUGUCAAAAAAAUGACGGUUGCAGGCAGCAAUGGUUGGUGUGGAGCUAACUCAGAUGUUGGUGGGCUAAUGCAAACUUAUUUGCAAACCUCCUAUUUGCAGCAGCCAUCUUGGCGGAAGAUGGAGCACAUUUGAGGUAAGUAUGUUUCUUUAUUUAUAAAUGUAUCUGCAAUUUCACCAGCGUAGUGUAUUAAAUCUUUGUACCAAACUGAGGGAAUCAUGUUUGUCCCUUGCUGUGACCAAUCACAUUCUUCUCCAUCACAUGACUAUAGGCUGGAAUUAAUCUGCCCCAACAAAAAUAUGAACUGAGCAAAUAUUUUACUUGAAUUGAGCAUAGGUUAAAUCUAUGCAGAGUUUGUGUGCAAAAGUAAUACAAAUUAUGUCCCAGUGUCAAUAUUCAGUUUUAUAUAAAAGAUACAUUUUCAAUUUUUUUUUUUUUUUUGGUUACCAUAAUCCAUAUAAAGGUACACCGGCCUACUGUAUGAUAUGCAGUCAUGUUGAAUUCUUUUACCUGUCCAUUAUAGGGAGAAGAAACGAAAGCAAUGACUCUUGUUCUCCACCGGGAAGCUGGAUCCUUGGGAUUUAAUAUUAUUGGUGGCCGGUCGUGUGUGGUAUGUUAAUUGUUAAAAUGUGUUUUUCCUUUUCCGUAUGAGAAUGAAUGUCUGAAAUUUUGUUACUGGGGACAUGUUCGUCUCAGCGGGAGGCUGUUUUCCUAAUGUCUGAGGAAGGGGUGGAAGGAGCAAUGGGACAAAUACGUUGGUGUAUGUUUACGCAUCGAGAUCAUGGGGGGUCAUUCACAAACUAGUGUGUUUUGGUGAGUUAUCAGUUAGAAUGCAAAAUAUAAACUCUAUCUUUUUUUUAAUUUUAUUAUAUUUGUAUACCAAAACCACAGUAUUUAUAUGUACUCAUUUAAUAUAGAAUUGGGGUGUCCAGUUUUGGCCCACCUACUUUUGUUAGCCUUUGACACUGACUGAGUGAUUAUUGGAAUUGUUGUCCAACAUUUGGCAUUUAGCUUCUAUAGUUUGUUAGUGAAUUUAGUGUUUAAUUAGAUUUCGUUUUAUUAUACUUUCUUUAGUAAACAUUAAUAUGAUGUGAUAUUUGGUUGUCACCAUGGUUCUCAAGUCAUGCUAUACUGUUUUUAAUUUUUUUUAUUUGUCAUAAUUUUCAUGAAUGGAAUGGGCAGGUGGGAAUUAGGAUAAUGAAGGGCCAUCCAAUCGCACAAUUUGAAUCUGUGAUUAUGUACCUGGCUGUAAAAUGGGUUUGUAAUCCUACAAAUCAUGUGCGGCUCAUGGCAUUCUGCCCCGCAGGGAGGCCUAGCAGUGCUGCUCAUAUGUAAUGCACUGGGUUCACCUAGUAUGUGAUUUUUAAACUUUCACCCGAGCUGUUUGUUACUCUAUUAACACCAGAAGCAGAAUAUCACAGGUAAACAAAGGAGCUUGACAGGCAGGAGCUCACAGUUGUGACUGCCCUUUGGCACUUUUUAAGCUCCAAAGUGGUCUUCCUGUCACCAUAGUAAACCAUUUAUUGUGAGCAGUUGCUUACUGCCUGAAGAAAAUGCUGUGACUGUUUCAACCAUUGGGGAUGGACUAAUGAGAACACGGAGGGUGCAGAGUAUAAUUUGGUUAAGAACAAAAACAUUUUGUAGGCUAGAUAAGCUCCAAAAAUACAUGCCUUUAAAACCAAUUUGAAAGUCAACUAACCUCACUCCACACAUUGUUUUUCUUCAUAGGCACUGGAGUGUUAAGCAAUAAAGUAUAAAUACCAUCUCCUUCCUUAACAUACUGGAGCCUGUAUGUCUCAAAAGUACAGGGCUGCAUUCUAGCCAAGAAUGCAGUGGAACAAAAGGGAUUUGGGUAUACCUGAAGACCUAUUUUCAACCUGUAAUGCCCUGUAUAGCUCAGGCUAGGAAUGUUUGAGUCUACACUAGAACAAGUCUGACAUAUUGCAAAAUUAUUAUAUUGCAUAUAACUUCUUAGUCUACCACAAUAUUUCCGUAACUAAUGAACCGUGAAAUAUUCUGACUUUGUCAAUUUACCUAAUUAAAUCUUAAAGGGACACUAUAGUCCUCAAAACCACUUUAACUUAAUGAAGUGGUUUUGGUGCAUAACUCAUACCCCUACAGCAAGCAUGUCAAACUCAAAGGCUAGCACAGCCAAAUAAACAAGUUUUAGAUUUAUGCGGGCCACAAAAAAAAUAAAUAAAAUAACAUUUUCAUAGAAACAUAGGUUUAUUUUGAAAAGUACAGUGUGUGUGUGUGUGUGUGUGUGUGUAUAUAUAUAUAUAUAUAUAUAUAUAUAUAUAUAUAUAUAUAUAUAUAUAUAUAUAUAUAUAUAUAUAUAUAUAUAUAUAAAGCAUCCCCUCUAUGUAAUCCAAACACCCCCUCUACUAAACCCUGGCCCCUGUUUAAAAAAAAGUAGACUUCACUCACAUUGCCGCUGCCAGUAUGCGACUCCGGAGUCCAGCCUCUAGUAUACCCCCAAUGGCGCUGUCCACACCCUGUGCCACCUCCCUGCAUGUGACUUACACAGCCUUCCAUAAACACUUCCUGUAAAGUGUCAUCUAAUAUUUAUCCUUCCUUUUAAUGCAAGUUCUGUUUAAUUUAGAUUUGAUUAUCUUCUGCUCUGUUAAUAGCUUGCUAGACCCUACCGGAGCUUUCUGUAUCUAAUUAAAGUUCAAUUUACAGAGCAGGAGAUCAUUUUAAGGUAGGUUACAUCUGAUUGAAAGUGAAAUCAUUUUGUUUUCAUGCAGGCUGUGUCAGUCAAAGCCAGGGGAGGUGUGGCUAGAGCUACAUAAACAGUAACAAAAGUGAUUUAACUCCUAAAUGGCAGUGAAUUGAGCAUUGAAACAUCGGAAACAUGGUCUAUACACUACAUCUGUUUCAUUAAGUUAAAGCUGUUGUGGUAAGUAUAGUGUCUCAGACAAAGUAGUCCCUACUUUGUCGACGUAUAUCUCUUGACUGGGUUGGAAUUUCAGUGUAAUUCCAACACCGUCAAUUUGAGUAUAUUAUAAAGAUUUUAUCUUUAUGAAAUACUAAUUUUUCACAUUGGAUGACCGUUUGAACUUCUCAUUAAAAUGUAAGAUAAAUAGAGCCCAAUGGUUUGGAUGAGAAGAACUUCUUCCAGGGUCUUGCCUAGUCGCUAAGACUAAAGCAUACUAAUUUUAUUUAUAUAUAUUAUAUAAUAUAUAUAUAUAUAUAUAUAUAUAUAUAUUUUAUUAUUUCUCUUCCCAUGUAGACUAGCGUAGACAUACAUUCUGCAGCUGUGACAACAAAAAGGAAACAAGACAAGCCUAAAAUAAGGGAUAGAUUUGCUGGUAUUCUUGCCAGCAAAUUCCACUUGGAAAGCGAGAAAUGAAUCCCAUUUAAAUGCAUUUUUCUGCUCUUCUAAAUAAGUUUAUUUUUAUGACCCCUGUUGCCUGAAAGUAAAGUAGAUCUAGUGUAGUUUCAGUGGCCAGAUAUACCCCUCAACAUCCCAGAUUUAAUAAAACAGUCCUGAUUUAAAUUCCCUGUCACACUAAUAUGUGCAACACGAGUGUGUCAUUUAAUGUGCGGUUGCUUAUGAAACUUAAUUUGUCUCUGUAGCAACUUAGAGGAGCCAGCAUGACAUGCACACUAGGCUGACGUGCCCUUUUUGAGAAGGCUUUGCCCUCACUAUGUCCCCCCUCCGCAACAUUAAUGAUGUGACUUUUGUAAGUGGCACAUCGUUUACCCUGUCUGAUUUGCAUACUUUUUAAAAUCUUUGGAGGAUUGGCAGGAUUCUGGGGCAAAAAGGAAAAAAAUGGACACUAGUAGAUAGCCAUAAUGAUCCUGUGUACAUAAGGUCUGCUUUACACUACGUUCAUCGAUCUAUUCCUUAGAACAGGAUUUCAAACUCUGGUAACUCACCGUUCUUGGAAUGAAAUAGCAAGAGAAUCUUGGGAGUUGUCGUUCAGUGACAUCUUGGGUGGGGGGGUAGAAUUUGAGAUGCCUCUGCCAUAAAACAACUUAGCCCAAAAGUGUAUGAUGCAGGAAUUGUGGGUACAUUUUUUUUUUUUUUUUAGAAUAUGAUUCUAGAGAAAGGAAACUCUGAAAACGUACAUUUUCUAUCCUAUAAUAUGAAAUUAGGAACUUUGUUACAAGUUAAGUAACUAAAACAACGUUGCAAUGUCUACUUUGUCAUUCACCAGGUUUAUAGGAUCAUUCUGUAGCUGAGGCUGGCAAAGCAUCUUGGGAGUUCUACUUUUGGCCACCUCUGACAUAUUUUAAUUAUUAUUUUGUUUUGUUAAGAAUUCAGAAGGCACUAUGCCAGUUAAGCAGAUGUAAAUUUUACUAUGAUGCUUAGCAGCAAUUCUGGUCAUUUUUUACACUGUGUCCACUGUUCCUGUGUGGAGGUUAAAAGAGGUUUUUCUGUCCACAAGCAUUUUUUAUAGUUCUAUGCAUGCCAAAAAGUUCUGUAUGAAUUUGCUGUUCUUACGACCUUGUAUGCACCGCUGCCAAGAACAGAUAUCUUGCAAGAACAUGGUUCUUGCCCUCUUUAAAAGACAGAGAACUCUACUGACACUAAAUGCAUACUUGUUAGCUGCCCUGAUGCAGUUGAUACAGUCUCAUUGUCCUGAAUUUAGGAAAUAAAUUGUCGCAUGGACGACAAAAAAAGCCAGGAGUGCAUCUUUGCUGCAGCUCCACUCCUCCUCCCAUUACAUUAUCGAUGCUGAUAACUUUUUUUAUUUAAUCUGAUUGACAUACCAUUUGAAACCAGUGCAGUGCUUCUCAUGGAGGAGCACUUCCUUUUUAAAUUAUAUCUCAAAACUAGUGAAGUAGGAAACACUCCCUGCUGGCUGCUUGACAGGUAGGAGGUGUUACUAAGGUAAUUUAUAAAAGUGGCUAUUUCUCGUGAUAUGUGCACUUUUUAUUAAAAACGUGCUUUAGGAGGAUGGUGUGUUUCUUUAAGGAUGUUGCCAGUGUGGUGUCAGACCUGAUUAGCCUGGUAGGCAGGGCAUGUGUGCAUGCUUAGACAGACAUACUAGAGGGUUAAGUGCAGACUGUCAACUUAAAAGGAAUGCUUCAAGCAUCGUAACCACUAAAGCAUGCUAUAGUGGUUAUGGUACUUGGAGUGUUCCUUUUAAAGGGAGACUCCAGAUGUCUAAACCACUUUAGCUUGUUAAAGGAGCACUAUAGGGUCAGGAACACAAACAUGUAUUCCUGAACCUAUAGGGUUAAAACCACCAGCUAGCCCCCCUGCCCCCCUCAUGCCUCCCUAAAUAUUGAAAUCUUACUUGUAUUCAAGUCUGGAGCUGCUAGCUCUGGCUCUGUUUCCAUUAGACUUGCCUGCUGACAUCAUCAGAAGUGGUAGCCUGAUCCAAUCACAAUGCUUCCCCAUAGGAUUAGCUGAGACUGACAAAGAGGCAGAUCAAGGGCUGAGCCAGCACAAUUCAAACACAGUUCUGGCCAAUCAGCAUCUCCUCAUAGAUAUGAAUUGAAUCAAUGAAUCUUUAUGAGGAAAGUUCAGUGCCUGCAUGCAGAGGGAGGAGAUACUGAAUGUUUGGAUGCAUUUUAGGUAGCCAUGACCCAGGAAGGAUCUCUAACAGCUAUCUGAGGAGUGGCCAGUGAAGUUAUCACUAGGCUGUAAUGUAAACACUGCAUUUUCUUUGAAAGGAUGGUGGUAACUGCAAAAAGCCUGAAGGUAAUGAUUCUACUCACCAGAACAAAUGCAAUGAGCUGAAGUUGCUCUGGUGACUAUAGUGUCCCUUUAAUAGGCAAAUAUAGUCAAAAGCAUUGUAUUUAGUUCUUGGUUACAUGUCCUUUUGCAUGUGAUGACUAUCUGACCUAGAGACUGUGUGUAUCACCAAAUGCGGAGUUUGUACUCCGAUAUUAGGUCUGUACAGCAGCCAUUCCAAGCUUUGUUCUGCAUGCCUCCCAUAAGUCCCAGGUUAGGUGAGACUGCACCAAAUUUGGAUUUGAAUGCCACCUCCUGCGUUAGUUCUCUGGCAUACCUCCCAAGUGGCCCUAUUUAGGAGAGACUGUCCAAUAUUAUGGACCCAAAUUCCUUUCCCCUCUUUUCUACCCUAACGUCCCUGUUUUCUUUAUUGUUGGUGUGUCUGAUUGUAAAACAGAGAUUCACAGUAAUGUGUAAUUAAAGUACCAUAUAUUAGUAUUACUGCAAUGCGUAAACCACCAGCAUAUUUCGUAGCCAUAAAUUGGGGGUGGACAGGGGGACAAAACAAAUAACAGUGCAAUAUACACAGAACAAUACAAAAGGUAAGGAGAGCCCUGCCCAUGAGCUGACAACUAGCCAUUGAAACUUUUUUAUUAAAGUGCCUUGCUAGAUAGGCCGUGCGCUUACAAUCUAAAGGAUGUGUUUAGAAAUCAGUCUGUAAAUUAGAUACAUUGCUCUUGUUCUAAACUACAUUUUAGUUGUAUAAAUCGCUGCUCUGUGCCAAUCGGCAUCUCCUCAUACAGAUGCACUGAAUCAAUGCAACUCUAUGAUGAAUAUUCAGCUCGUCCCUUUAGAGGCUGUAGACACCAGGACUACUUUGUCUCUGUAUUUCUCUUCUGCCUGAUUUUCUUAGACUUAGGGCAGAGUCUAAGUGUCAAUCCACCCGCAUGCAGGGAAUCCUGCAGUCUCCAUAGACUUACAUGUUGUACUCUUGCGCAUGCUAGACGUCGGGAACAGAUCGAGGAAGGUGGCUGUACCCAGUUUAGGUAAGUAAAGCUCAUGUUAGCUGCCCCCCAGCCACUGGACCCCCAGUGGCGAUGUCACCGUUGGUUAUUUUCCGAAUUAGGCAAAAUCUCCAGAUGGUGACAGUGGUGCUUUAAAGCUUCCCUCUUUGUCCAUUUCAAAUGUUGAAAAACCUGCUCUGGUAUACUUUGGGAACACUAUGGAAAUGUCCCAAACAUGCACAUCUUUAGGCACACAUUUCAAAUUUAGCAGUUUUUUGCCAUUUUGAAAAAUUAAGAUUCUUGACAGUUCACCUUUCUGUGAAUAACCCUUUCAGUCUUGCCUUUAGAAAGUGGAAAACGUGGUCUGUAAAAUUCCGGUGCAGUUUAUUUUUUUUUAUUUUUUAAUUCUUUAUUUUUCAGGUGCAGUUUUUAAUAGUUUUUAAUUUCCUGAGAUCUUCUGAUGCAGGAUGUGUUCUGCAGAGGGUGUGUGAGGGUGUGAUUAUUGAUGGGUGUAAUACCAAACACGUUUAAUGUUCACCUGCCAUGCUUGUUAUUAAGUAACACAUAAUGUGUUAAUGAUUUUCAAGCCAAUAAACUCAUUCAAACUUUCUGUUUAUCUGGUAGAAACACUCUGAUGUACUGGGAAUCAUGAUGCCCAGAAACACAUAGUCGCUUUGUUCUGCCCUGUUACAUUUGAAUUUAUAUAUACACCUGUGUGUGUAUUAUGUAUGUAUGUGUGUAAUUUUUUUUUUUUUUUUUAUAUUGACAAUUCAAGUAAACUGAAACACUGCACAACUGCAUCACACAGCUGGUAGCUUUCACAUAAACCACGAAAAUUUGUAUAUUCCUAGCAGUUGUUUAAAGGACCACUCUAGGCACCCAGACCACUUCAGCUUAAUAAAGUGAUCUGGGUGCCAGGUCCAGCUAGGAUUAACCCAUUCUUUUAUAAACAUAGCAGUUUCAGAGAAACUGCUAUGUUUAUGAAUGGGUUAAGCCUUCCCCCAAAGCCUCUAGUGGCUGUCUCAUUGACAGCCGCUAGAGGCGCUUGCGUGAUUCUCACUGUGAUUAUCACAGUGAGAGCACGCCAGCGUCCAUAGGAAAGCAUUGUGAAUGCUUUCCUAUGCGACCGGCUGAAUGCGCGCGCAGCUCUUGCCGCGCGUGUGCAUUCAGCCGACGAGGAGGAUCGGAGGAGGAGAGCUCCCCGCCCGGCGCUGGAAAAAGGUAAGUUUUUACCCCUUUCCCCCUUCCAGAGCCGGGCGGGAGGGGGUCUCUGAGGGUGGUGGCACCCUCAGGGCACUAUAGUGCCAGGAAAACGAGUAUGUUUUCCUGGCACUAUAGUGGUCCUUUAACUACAGCUCCCAUAAUUACUUUCCAGCCAUGAUUUGACAAAGCAUAAUGGCCAUUGUAACUAUUUGGCAGCCAGUCGAUUUUGUCUUUGAUCACAUUGCUCUAAAAAGUUGUUUUAAAUAUAUUUCUUUGUCAAAAAAAUUAGUUAUGUCUUAUUUAAAGGUACUAUGUAAUCACCAUAACCACUAUGGCUUAUUGAAGUGGUUAUGGUGCAAGUAAACUAUCAGGGUUAUUCACUAAAAUUAUAUUUGUCAGGAGUCCAAAGUGAAUUUGAACUCUAAGGUCAAAGUAGCUGAACUACAAACAUAGCUGACUUGGAGAAAUGUUUACCCAGUUCAGUCAUUUUGGCCUUAAAAUUUAAAUUCACCUUGAAUUUCCGCAGUUGUGGUUUUAGUAAAACUUCACACGUGCAGUUUGACACAAUCUUAAUGAUUCCCCAGCUUUCAAUGUAAAAGUGAUGACACUUCAUGUAUAUGUAAACAGGUUACAACUGUGUGAAUUUCUGUUUUAAAGAACACUCUGAAGUUACAAAAUAAAUAUUUAUUUUUAACAUUAGAAAGUCCCUCUUUGCUUUAAACUACUCCCCACCGCCCCCCCUUCCCCUGUUGUAAGGUUAAAAAAAAACAAAAAAACUAAAACUUAGCUUUAAUUGUGCUGCCUUUCUUGGCAUCAUCAGUUAGGAUCGUUUUUGUUCUGUCCAUUACUUCUCUCUUAAAUAUUCGGUACCAACAGCACAUGCGCAGCAAUUGAAUUCAGUGCUUCCAUAUGAGAAGCAUGAAUAAAAUUUUGAAUCCGCAUUCUACCAUAUGAUGAUGAUGACAAAGUUGUUUACGACAAAGCAUAUUAGUCAGUGUCAGUCUGACAGACAUUAAAGGCAUGUUCUAUGGCAAAUAUUUAACAUUGCUGGAAAACAGUGUGCACCAAAACCACUACAUUAGUUGUACAUGACGUGCCUAGACUCGCAGCGGUGCCCAAAAGGUAGAUCCCUGGAUGUUUUAAAACUACUGCUUCCAUGAUGCUUUAGUCACUCUCUAAAGGUAUGCAAAGCAUUAUGUGAGUUGUAGUUCUACAACAUCUGUGUAUCUAUCUUUUGGGCACCUCUGGCUUUGAGUGUUCCUUUUGGACUUCUGGAGAAGGAAAACAGGAGUUUAAACCCCCCCCCCCAACAGUUUCUUGGAUCUGCUGUGAAUAGUGGAAGCACAAUAAAACCGAAAACCAUAAAUAUUUUCCAUUAACCAUAUCUGGAUGUAUAGAACGUUACUUUAACUCCAAGCAACCUUGGGUCGCAAAGUAAUUCUUCCCUUCUGUUCCCAUCCCCCAAUGAGUAACUUGCUGUCCUGACUGCAUAUUCUAGCCUGGAUCGAAUUGACAGCAUGAAAUCAGAUACAUUACAUGGGAACCAUUAGUGACUUAACUGUAAAGGUGCUGUGGUAUUUUUUUACAUGGGCACAUAUGUGCAUGGGGCUCCUACUGCUUCAGGCUCUCUCAUUCUCUUCAUUCUUGAUCUUGGGAUAACUGGUAGAAAUGAGAGGUACAUUGUCCUUGGUGGUCUAGUGGGGGGGUAAGUAUUUUUUACACACUCUCUCUAAUAUCUUGGUAAUACAGAGAGCAGCAAGAAUUACAUCAUAAAUCUGUGCUCUCUGUGUGCAAGAAUGAGGCUAAAAGGAAAUGGGUGUCUCUAACCCUGCGUCUGCUGACUACAAAAUUUGUAUUUUUUUUUUUUUAUAAAAAUAAUACUGGGAGUCACAAAUUAAGGAUCAGCUCAAGCACCACACAUUAGAUAGAUCUAACAUUCUGAAUUACUAACACAGAAAGCUUGAAAUACACCAUGUGUAUAUAAGAUCAGCCUACAAGGAAUUAAUCAUUUGAAAUCCUCUCUGUGGUCAUUAAUGAAAUCUUGAUAAAGGCCCUGCUAGUCUAUAAAUACCUUUCUGCCUGGUAAUUUUGUCUGUCUCCUCCUUGUUUAUCUUCUGUCUGUGGGAGAAUCAACACAAACAUAAGGAUCGGUACAUAAAAUGCAAAGUUCAAGACGUGCAAGAAAUCCAUCAACUGCCAGGAUCACACAUUAUUUUUAAGAAAUAACUUGCAUUUCUGUGAUGCCACCCCUUUUCCAUGUUUGCACUACUUUUCAGAACCCUGUAGGUUCUACUGGUUACCAUGGUAACUGCUCCUCUUACUUCUAUAGAUCACAUUUUAGGGCACAACACUUUUUAUAGAUGAUACCAAAGGUAUGACAUUUAUUUUUAGUUAUCGCCUUACGUUAUAAUAUCCUAGUCAGCUAUGCUUCCAUUCCAAUUAAGAACUCACUGCUCAAUUCUCUGUUAUUUAGAAGUUAAAUCACUUUUGUUAUGCAGCCCUAGUCACAUCUCCCUGUAUGUUCCCUACAUAGCCUUUCUAAACACUUCCUGUAACGAGUCAUCUAAUGUUUACACUUCCUUUAUUGCACAGUCUGUUUAAUUUAGAAUGUAUUAUCUCCUGCUCUGUUAAUAGUUUGCUUGACCUUACAGGAGCCUCAUGUAAUGUAUGUAAUUCAAGUUUAAUUUACAGAGCAGGAGAUAAAAACUUCUAAAGUAAGCGAACAUCUGAUUGAAAAUGAAAACAUUCUUAUUCAUACAGGCUGUGUGAGUCACAGCCAGGGGAGGUGUGUCUAGGAUUGAAUAAACAGAGAUAGAAGUGAUUUUUAACUCCUAAAUGACAGAUUAUUGAACAGUGAGACUGCAGAGGCACGAUUUAUAGAUCAAAACUGCUUUAUCAAGCUAGUCUAGUCACUCCAGUUUAGUGACUAAAAUCCAUUGUAUGUGAUGUAUAGUGCAUGUAUGUUAAUACAUCCAAAUAAUAUUUCCAGGUAUGUAUGCAGGGGGAGUAGGAAUAAGGCAAAUCAUUAACACUCCCUCUACCGUGUUUCCCCCAAAAUAAGACCUACCCCGAAAAUAAGCCCUAGCUGGAUUAUCGGGGUGGGCUGCAAUAUAAGCCCUACCCCUAAAAUAAGACCUAGGCAGGGCCGGCAGCUGCCGGCCCUUUAAAUGCCUCAGCCGCCUGAGCGCUGUAUAGAGAGCGCUCAGACGGCUGCCGCACUGCCUCACCUCCCCUUCCCUGUAGCGUGGCCGAGCUUGGCCACGCUACAGGGAAGGUGAGGAGAAGAUUGGGGGGGGGAGUAUUACAGGGAGGGGGGAUAAUAUUACUGGGGGAGGGGAGAGUAGUACUGGGAGGGGAGUAUUACUGGGGGGGGGGGAGGGAGGUAGGGAGGGGGAGUAUUACAGGGAGGGAGGGGGGAUAAUAUUGCAGGGAGGGAGGGGAGAGUAUUUCAUGGAGGGGGGAUUAUAUUACAGGGAGGGGGGGAUAGUAUUACAGGGAGGGAGGGGAGAGAUAUUACAGGGAGGGGGAGGUGAGGGUCUCUGGGGGGGUUACACAGCGCGGACACCGGCUGACAGACUGGCUCAAGCCCUACCCUGAAAAUAAGCCCUAGUGUGUUUUUUGUGACUAAAAUUAAUAUAAGACCCGGUCUUAUUUUCGGAGAAACACGGUAGCUGCCUGUUUGCCUAUUAGCCAGUCACACUCUCCGCCUUAUAAGCUGCGCCCUGCACAUAGGAAAAUGCCCUGCGUUAUAACCAACACAGAGUGUUCAUGUGUUUUAUGGAUUUUGAUUUCUCCAUAAAUGGAACACCAUAGUCUUAAGGUGGAACAGCAGAACAGGACCCCAAAUUUUGAACUAUAAAUGCGGUAGGGUUGAGAGGUUUGGAUGUGUAAUUAAAUAAAUUGGCAGCUGAUUACAAAUGACUAGGUUAAACGCCAUUGCAUGUGUAUUUUGCAUGCGUUGCUAUUUUAGUACAGAUUCCCACUGUUCUGCACUGUUGGCUCUUUAAAACUGUAGUUAUUGCAGAUGCAUAAUUUCAUUGCAUAUUUGACCAACUAAAUAAAAACAAAUCAGCAUGCACAGAAUUGUUUUUAGUCAGUGACUGAUGUUGCCCUUUUCUGUUGGGAAGGAGGCACCCUACAUUGCUUCAGGCAUUCUUUGUGAAAUAUGUAAAAACACCAAAUAAUCAUGUUAGGAAUUACUGCACAGUUUAGAUUCCUCAAGACAUAAUUGUCAUAGCUUGUUCUUUGGUAUGUAAGGAUGAACAGGUUGGAUAACCUACAGUGAGGUAGUCUGACUGCCAACUUGUCGUUGACAUUGAUAAUAAUCAGUGACCCAAAAUAAGUAGUUCACCAGUAUGAAAAGAUUGGUUAUGUAUGCUACACCUUGGUUUAAUUUCUAUUUUAUAACUUUACUUAAUGAUAGAUUUAAAGACACUGUCACUUCUCUAGAAAUUCUAGAAUUUAAACUUGUUAAACUUUUUAUUUAUUUAUUUUCUUGCAAUUAACCUUUUUUUUUUUUCUUCAAUGUAUAUUAAAAAUCCAGUUCAAUUCAGAUUGCAAAAUAAUAAUAAAAAGUUCACAUUUUAGUACACUCGGGUUUCAUUUUAAGCAAGAUAGAUUUAUUUUAUUUUAUAUUUUUAUUUUUUCUUCAGUUUGUUUUGAGGUGGUAAUGUAUGACAAAAUGUGAGUCUCUCCCUUUUAGUGUAGAAUUGAAACUGGCUCCCCAUAACCUAAAAACCUGCAUCCUAAGCCAACUUGGACCAUACACACAAUAAAAUGUACUAGUUAUGGUGCUUAAUGUGAACCAUUUGUAUCCUAAAACUAUAGUGUUCCUUUAAGCAUUGAGGAGUGUGUUGGCCCUGUAUAAAUAAUACAACUGGCUGUAUUUUUUUUUUUUUAUUGAUAUCUUCUCAUAUAGUAGGGGUCUUAGAAUAAUAAUGCAGAAUUUAUUUUAUUUUUUUAAUAAAUGAAAAUAAUCCAAAAUAAAUGGUUUUAGUUCUUAUAAAUAUUUGUGUAUUGUAUUCUCUUAUUAGGACAAUCAGGAUGGACAAUCAGGUGAAGGAAUUUAUGUGUCUAAAAUAGUUGACAGUGGACCUGCAGCCAAAGAAGGAGGACUUCAAAUUCAUGACAGGAUUAUUGAGGUAUGUAAACACCAAGGGCUUAGUUCCCUGUUAAAGCUGAUUAGAAGUCCAUGACCUCUUUGUUAAAGGGAAGUCACAUAACAUCUUAACUAUCAGUUGGAACGAAUGUGUUAAAUUCUGCUCGGACAGGAUAACUGUUGACCUUCAGGUCUUGAAUACCUUUUCUAAAUUUAGGAAACUGGCUUGGGUGCUGGAUACAUGUCUUGACUAACUGGGAAGUAAAGAUCAUUUAAAAUUAUGUCUUGGGAUCCUGUGUCUUGCUGUAAUAAGAUCGUUGAAGACUCUAUGUUAAAAUUUCAGUGUAUGCACAUUUGCCAGAUUCUUAAACAAGUGUCUAAAUGUAAGUGGAGGGGUGCUCAUUUUCUAAGAUGAAUAUUCACUGUCUUUUAGAUAAUCCCAGUUAGUCUCGGACAUGAUGUCCUGGCUGUGGGUGACAUCAAUGUCAGAAUGUUUUUAAUAUGGGAAAGACCAGGUAUAGCAAAUAUAGCCUUUGGUUUCUGAGAUUAUGAUCACCUAUUUAGUUAAAUUAAAUGAGGUUUACAUUAAACUGUCUUUAUGUAUUCAAAGACUGAGACUAGGUAUGAAAGUUUCUUCAUUUUGUGUGUCAAUGCACUGUCUAAUCAAUUGAAUGCAUUUUUUGCCUUAAAAUAUUUUGUUUACUUGGUUUAGGGGAGUAAAAAAAACACCCGACUAGACAUUUAGUAUUGGCAUGUGUCUUUGGAAUUUGCAUUCUUUUUAUACAGUGCCAUAAUUAAUUGUUUGCCAGCCUCCAGUUUUUCCACUUAUGUUUUUGUGAAUUGUAUUGUGAUUAAAUAUCAUAUUGUAUUAAAUAAAAUAUGGUUUGUAUACUGCUAUGGGUUCUAUAGUAAUGUAAUGUACAGUGAUGGGAAUGCUACUUAACAUUAUUAGUGUUGUAAAUGAAGCAAUAUUAUACAAUCAUCAUUUGUAGUUUUCGUUGUUAUCGCUUAUAUUUGACACUAGUCUAGAGUGACCACUGCAAUCUUGUCAUCUUGUUGUUAUAUUUACUUAAUUUAUGGUAUUGUUUUCUAAUGCAAAUUUAAUUUAUACUGCACCUACAUUCUGGGACAUUGUAUCUGAAAAUAAUAUUGAAUGAAGAUCUAUUAAAUGUGAUGAAAUUAUUUUGUGAUAUUGUUAAAGGGUGUCUAGAUAAAAUAAAUCCACAUUGUUUGAUUUUUAAAAUACAAAAGAGAAAAAAUUGGGGGGUAAGACCAUUCUCAAAGGGUAUAAGUCCAAAGGUUGCUCUCCAGUGGAGUGCCACUGGGCAGGGGCAUUGCUAAUUUGCAUAGAGUGGUCAGCUGACACUCUAAUUCAUUCCGUAACUCUCCAUUCAUAAAGAUUUGCAUAGUUGCAUAAUUUUCCCAAACAAUAUAGGUGUAUCUGUAAAGGUCUGAGAAUGUUUGCUUGUUUUGUUUUCUUUUACUUGCAAUCUGUGUCUCAAAAUGUAUUUUGUUGUCUGUCGUCCUAUUUCAUUAAAUAUCUUCACAUGAGAUCUUGGAUAGCAGGAGGUGUUUAUGGCCGUUUCUGCAUAUCAGCCGAUUGCCUAAUUUGCACUUAAGAUUUUGCAGCUUGCACAUUGAUUUAUUGUGUUUGUCGGACCUGUGAGUUGUGUGUGUAUGAGGAAGUUAUCCUCAAUGUGGUGGCACAUGAUACACUUUUGUGUAACCACAUAUUUGACCCUUGUGAAAAGUAUAUAAAAUGUAUAUUUAAAACAAAUGGGUCCUAAGUACUGGCUUUUUCUUAAAUGUUUAAUUUAAAAAAAAAAAAAAAAAUCUUCAAUUAUGCCUCUAUUUUAACAAAAUAACUUGAGCUACUCUGAAGGUGUACUGUGAAUUGGGUUCAAGAAAAGGAGAUUUAAUAUCUUUUUCAUGGAUGAGCAACUUGAAACUACUGCAGUUGACGUCUAAAACCGUAAAUACGAUUAUCAGAUAGAUUGAAACCAUUUACGUUUAGUAAUGUGGUCAUUUUUUCAGAUACGCAUUGAGUAAUCCUCAUCAUUUUAAGACCUCUAGUGUAAAAGUGUAUACCAAUUAGGACUCUUAAGACCUGGUGAUGGAUCCAAAAUAUCCCUGAUGAUUUUCCCUGAAAUCCACACAUAAGAAGGUCUUUCUCUGUGCAUCUCAACAUAAUGAAUGAAAUGUGAGAUGAAAUUUAAAAGCGAUAUGUUGUUCAACCAUAUUGAAUGCCAAAGAAUUCCCUCUGAUCUUCAAACUGCUUUAAUUUUAUCAAUUUGUUUUUAAUGUACGUUCUUAAUCUGCAUUUGGCUCAUAGCCUUGCUCGAGGCUUGAUGUGUGACAGUUUUUAAGCUUGAUGGGCCAAUAUUCCACAGACUUUCCCCAAUAGACAGAGAUUUGAAGAAACAUUGUACAGCUAAGGCCUGGAGUGAUUUAUUUUUUUUAUUUUUUUCAGGUGCAUAUGGGAGGAGUAGGGUGAAGCAAGGAUAAAAAAAUAUUGUGCUUCGUGGAAAGAAUUUAUUUUGGGGGGAAAAAAUAUAUUUCCUCUUUUGUUUACAAAGUUUAAUUUUGUACUUUAAAAACAUUUAUUCAGAAGUAUUGUUUAAAAGAACAAAAUAAAAAAAAAGUUUUGCGCAAGCUUUUUUUUUGGUGAGAUUUUGGAUGAGGGAAUUUUGCUUACAAUGUGAUUAAAAAUGAUAACAGCGUCAGCAAUACAGCUGUUGAAGAUUUGUGUUUUGGCAGCAGAAAUAUAAUUAUCUGCUUAUAAUGUGCUGAGUAAAUGGUAUUGGGAUUUUGGGAGUGGUGAAUAAAUAAUCUCGGUUCACAGUCUGAAUUCAUCCUGUUUACAUUUUAAUUUAAUUGUGUUUUUGUUUAUUAAUUAUGUUUUUCGUUGUAAUUUUAUUAAAAUGCACACAAGUAGCUAGCCAGAUACAGAAGAAUGUGGAUAUGAUUCUUUUUACUUACUGUACAUUAGAGGUGUAACCAAAAUAGAAGUGCUUUUUAGACUAGUGUAUUUGGUUUAUGUCAAAUAGUGAAUUGUGUGAUUUUGGGGUAAUUUUUCUGAAUUCUAACGUUCUCCCCAUUCCUCACCCGUGAGCAGUGGGGAGCUUCUCUAAAAUCCAUCUGGUGGGACACUAAACCGUGCCCCAGCCCCAACCAUAGGAGGCGGGUGGGGGCUAUGUAAAAAAUUAAGCAGUAUUGUGGACAUGCUAAGUCUGCACUCAAAUCUAUGGGCUUUGGUUGAGGUUAUUAAUGACAGUAGGAUGGAGGGGACUUGCCAUUGCCCUUUACUUUACUUGGAAGGGGACUUGCCAUUUACUCCCCUAAAACUUGGGGUCUCCAAAUGAACAGAGGCUUUACUUCGGCAAAGUUGUAGCAAGCUGCGUAGCUUAGGAGACUAUAUGGAGCCUGUAAAGGUCUAUUCUGUAAGCUUAUGUUGGAUUUGUUUUGGCAUUUGCUGCGGUUGCUUUUAUAUUAACUACCAAAUUAUGUUUCUCAGUAGUCUGUAUAUAUUUUUUCAGCUGUGAUGUCUAGGCUGACUUAAAUGUUGAUUCUUCUUUUUAUCUACCUUCUUCACCAAUAUUAGUUUGGUUGACUUUUUCUAAUUUGUUCCGCCAUAUAAGAUAGCCUGUCUAUUCCAGCUGCUAAUGCAGUAAUGCCGUCAGCUGCAGAUGAUUUUGGGAACUUUGAAUAGCACAGAACUAAAGUGACACACUGACUUUUAUAUAUUUAUUUGGGGUGGGGAGGGAUUUAAUUUCUGAUUUCAUUUUAUAUAGCAUCAACAGGUUUCUGGAGCUUUACAAUGAAAAAUACAUUUGUGUGUGUGUGUGUGUGUGUGUAACGAAAAUUGGCGCUUUCAUCAUCAUCUGGAGGGCAAUAGACAUUUUGGGGAGACCCGGGUGCAUUGAAUGACACCUAACUCAAGACUAACACUGCCCGGGAACCCGUAUCAUACAACCGAGGCCUUACUGCGACCGAGCCAGGGAGAGGCGGCCGCUCUACUCGAUGGCACAUCCGCGCAAAGACUCCUCAGCGCACUCACCUCCUACCCCCCCACCCACCCCCCGUGGACCAGUGGGGGUCAUCCUGGUCCUCACUGGGUGUCUGGAGCAGUCAGCCCAGAUCGCACCCUAAACUUGAUGUCAUGACACAGUGGAGUUGCCCGUCACAAGGCGCACCUCCGAUGGUGGCUGAUAGCAGAGCAUGCUACCGAAUCAAAGGCAUCACUAUGACACUUCGCAGCGUCUGGAGACGAUUUUCAACCGCUUCUGGGACAGUCUCUGGGAGCGGCAGCGAGUAGCCCAGACCGACCUGCAAGACUCAGACGGGUGAGCGAAGCCGCAGGCAGGGGGUGAGGGAAGAACCCAUAGGCGCAGAAAUGCUACACCCACCCACUCAUACUCUACAUGGGCUGCAGGCCUCAAGGGUGAGAACCCGGAAGCAUUGCUCACAUUUACGGAGGCGCAAGCGGCAGAAGACCAUCAGGCCCUCCGUCACUCCCACACAUGGAGAAAACUCUGGCUCCAGAAGUCAGAGUUUGUGGCCAAGAGAUGCAGGCCAACACACCAGCCUGGGGCUGGAGUGACACCCUCACUAGCACCUGUGCAGCAGCGGCCCACCGGCGGGCUCCUGUCGUUUCCCAACAGAGGGCAUCGGAUGAAUGGAAUACGAUCUAAAGCCUCCUGAACUCUCUUUACCAUGAUCGUGCAGUUAUGAUAGACCUGCCAUGUCACACAACCAAGACUGUAGAGUUUAAAGAGCAGUAUGCAUUUGAAGAGGGCUCCAGACCACAGUAAAAAAUCAAUCUUUAGAAUAGCCUGGUUGUGGCUCAGCAUGUUUAUUUUACAAUACCUCACCUAGCCUGUAUAUUAGCUAGUUAGACCAGAGUAGAAACCUUCCUAACGGUUAUCUCUUGUUGAUAUAUUAUAAAAUUGUGCUUAUCUAAUCUAUUCCAAUUGUACCUCAAGCAUGUCUGUACUACUCUCAUGCACAGCAAAAAUACAAAAUAAAAAAAUGUAACUUUCUUUAUUCUAAAAUAAGUAUUCCAAAAAAUUACAUCUUCUUCCACAUUAGAACUGCAAUGAAAAUUGUGUUUUUGGUUUUUAAGCAAUUAAAAAGGGGCAUUUAAGCAUACCAAAACCUGUUGACAUUGACUGUUCUAAUGAGGCAGUCACCAAUAAAUACUCUGUUGCACUAAUACACUAUAAACUGCUGAAUUAGAGGAAAUGUUUGUGGGUUUUUAUAUGUAUUUUUCUAGAUACGUAUUCAUAAGGUUUGAAUCAAUCUUCCUCCAUCCCAAAAAAAGAACAUUUAGGAGGAAUGCUUUUACAAGUGAAUCAAGGUAUGCAAGAGAGUCUCCCACAGACAAUGAAUACUCUAUGCAGAUAGCUACUUAGUAGCAGCAAAUCUAAACAGGGAGAUCAGGUUUAAUAGUUUUGCAUAUGGAAAUAGGGACACAUCUAAAUGUAUUGUUUUAACAGACCGCAUCAUUCCAGCAUCCCAAAUGAGUCUAAAGUUAUAUUCGGGGUGCACACUCAACAUGCAAGUGACUGUAGGCAGACAAUACGAUCAUGCUGAUGUUAAAAGGUGGCAAAAAAACCCAUAUGUUACAUUAUGCAUAUAAUUUUAAUAUGGUUUGAAGAGCCAAUUGAAUUUUACUUGCCUGAAAAGAAGUUUAAAAUGUAUAUUGUUAAGUCGGUCCUGUUAAAAAUGGGACCAGAAUGUCUUAUAAUAAUUAACCGUUCAGCAAUUUGGAAUGUAUGAAGUUAACACUACAUUGGUUUGCAAAAUUGGAGUUGGGAACAAACCAUCGCCUAUGUUCUUAAAUAAUUGCUUUUGUUAUUUACUUGAGGAAGAGCACUGUAAUCCAACGCAAUUAUAUUUUUAAUAAAUCAUUGUAAAUUUAAGGUAAAGUGUUUUUUGAUGACUAAUUAUGUUUGUUUUGAGAACUUAGACUUGAAACCCUAAGGAUGUUUCAAUUUCUAACAGAAAUGGUUACAAUACUAAUUGGCUUUGAAGUGGCAAAGCCCACGUUUUUGUAAUUUGUGACUGAUUAGUGGGCCAAUGGUUUACAUUUUAAACCACCUGUUCCCAAUUUUAGAUAGGCUGCUGAACAGAUCAUGACAAAAUGCCUCCAUCAUUAAACUCAAUUUGCUUUUAUGAUUUUUAAGUUUUAGAAGUGCUUUCUUUUUGUUUCUUCCAAGUAAUGACCAGUUAAAUUUCAGAAAUCCAUUUAUAAUUUUGGUGAUGAUCAAUGCCAAGGAUGAACAAAAAAGUGAAUAUUACUAUGAUUUUUCGGAUAUCAGACUGUCUAUUAUCAUUAUUUAAAUGUCUUUCUUUUUUAAUUGUAUUUGUUUAGUUUUGUUAUCUAAUAUUGAUAGAAAUACCUUUCUUAAAUAAAAUCAUCCGAAUCACUGUGCUUGCAUUUGUACAAGGCCACUUCCCAAGCUACAAAACUUGCUAUUUUUAUUUUUAUUUGUUCUAUGGAGUAACAUAUUCAUUGUAUAUAAUUUAUACCAGCUGUUUAUUGGCAGUAAAUGUGCAAGCAAGAAAAAGAAGACACACAUAGCACCAUCACUUGGGUUUUUGUAUGUCCAGUUUCAAGGUGUUUGCGUUAAAAAUUGCGGUUUUGCUGACACUGUAAACCCACGUCCUCAAUUGGGACGUUUGAAUGGUUAUCCUAGUUUGGCUCCGUUGCUAGGAAAAUACAUUUUAGAACUGGAGAGAUCUGACUGGCCAGAUCUGAACACCCCGGGUGGAAGGAAUAAGAGACCAUUGAAGGAUGUGGGCAGGAUAUAGUGUGCAGUUUAGAGUUCUUUAAAGGUAGUGAGGAUACUUCUGAACCAGGAGAAGACAAUGGUCAGAUUGUGGUAAUAACAAGUCUGACAAAAGCAAAUGAUAUAAGACUAGAAGACCAGAGAUCUAUAAGAAGUGUAGUUCAGCAGGGGGGAAUACGGAGUCAUGUGGAUAUACUAAGUGCUUUGUGUUUAAUGCAUGUAUGUGUCCUAUAUCUGUCUGUCUAUCUCUAUCACGCAUACAUUUAUUACACACAAGCACUUCAUAUACCACAUGACUCCUUAUUCCCCUACAUAUAAUAUAGUCUAUAUAGUAGUCUUUUUACAUGCACACGCGUGUGUAUAUAUUUAUUUAUUUGACAUUUUUAUGUGCCUCCUUAUCCACUGAGUUCUGCAAAUGGUCAAAUCUGUGUUUGGAUGAUUUAACUUUCUGAAUCUCAAGACAAACUUGUGGUAUUUAUAUGUUCACAGUUUCACAGUAAAUGAAUUAUGCUGAUGUUUACUUGCAGAUGUUCUUGCUAUAAAAGCUUCAUUCUAGCAGACAGCCGCUUUUUCAAAGACUUCUUGUUUUCACAGCUAUGCAAGAUUUUAAAUUUUUUUUAAAUUUUUUUACAUUUUUUUUGUGGUAGAUUUAUUUCCCACCCCUUCAGUUCAAGGAAAGGGAUAACUACCCCAAGCAAUCCCACAGCUGUGGAUCAAAACUCUCAUCACUCUCCGAGAUGUUUUUAAAAAAUAAAUAAAUAUUGCUUUCUGUGAGCUUUGCUGUUUAGUGAAUGAGUAAAUGCACCGGAUCUUGUAUGUUGUAUGAAUUGGCCCCAGCAUCACCAUUCAUGUAUGUAUGUACAGGUAAGUGCAACCCUAUUGGUGUGUGUGUGUGUGUGUGUGUGUGUGUGUAUGUAUGUAUGUAUGUAUGUAUGUAUGUAUGUGUGUGUAUAUAUAUAUUACACCAAUAAAUCAUUGUUUAAUCUUACACUGAAGAGUCCCACGUGGUGGGAUUUCCAAAGUAAGUGGAUUCAUCUCCUAAGAGCAGGCAUUAGGUUGCUAGGAGAGAACAUGCCAGAAAAUGGGGUACAUUGGCAUUGUGGCGGGCUUCUGCAGUAUGUAGCCUUGUGCUGUAACUUGACCCCCAUUAUUAUCCCCAACGUUUUGUUUCAUUCGAACAAAACAGAAAAAUUAGGUGGGUGAAACAAUUUUUACAUAGGGAUCCACAUACCUCCCAAGUGUUCCAGAUCUGGUGGAAAGAGUCCUGAUUUUGGAACACCCUCAGGCCCACCUUAUUAAGACAUGUCUCAGAUACUUUGAAAUUUGGAAGGUAUGGGUUAAUUAAGUCUAUCACUGUUGCAUUUUUUUUUCUUCUUCGCUACUUCUUAAGACUGUCCUUGCUUUUCUUAAACUUUAAGAUCUCUGUAGAAUCAGGUAACAGUGUCAUUUCUCAUUUCAGACAAGGCAUAUCUGAGUGUAAACUAUGUAUAAGCAUCAGGCAGCUGUUGUAUGGGUCUGAGGCCUCAGAAAGAGAUACAAUGCCAAAUUAGCCCACUUGAGAACACAUGUGGAAUCCACAGAUGGCUCAUUCCUAGGAGAGAAUGUUUAGCGGAGCAUGGCAAUCCUUGUACUUGUCAAGCUAGAAAUACCUAUCAGCAAAUCAACAGGCCUACUGAUGGCGUUAAAGCAGAUCUUUUCUACUAUCAUUACCAGCUUCUAGUGAUUAUAUAUCAUCACACUAUUGGCAAUCUUUGUUUUAAAGGGAUACUCCACACUGGCGUUGACCUCAUUUUUGUUAAUGCAUUGUGAUAUGUAAUGAGAAUACUGCAUGGAAAUAUUUAUGGGGGGGAAACAACGAAAUACUGACAUCUAAUGUUCCUGCAUUUGCUGUAAAUCCCUAGGCUUUGCAGCUCGUGCAGUGAGUGAGCUGUGUUCACACCAGGAGGAAGUGAUUGUUAGUUGUGAUGCUUCUAGAACUGUAUAUGCCAGCACAAAGUGUUUCCCAUAUUCCAUGAACAUUAAGUCUUUGAGCACCUGGAGUUUCUAAAAGUUGUUGUUUAUCUGUCAGGUUUCUACUGCAAAAAGCUACGAUUUUAACUACAUCUCUCAGAACUUGAAAUCCCAGUGGUGCAAGAGAUUGCAUGGGCAGAGAGCAGGUUCGCUUCACCAAUGACCAUUUAGAGUGAGGGGAUGGGUCUUAGUGCUCCAUUUAUUUAAAAAAAUAAAUAUAUAUAUAUAUAAUAUAUAUUAUUAUUAUAUUUUUUUUUUUUUUUUGCAAUUCGCUAAAAUUAGUCAGUGGACUCUACAAAUAAGUUGUAAAGAAGCUUUGUUCUCACCCUUAAAAAUGAGUAUUUAAUACAGAUAAAACCUAUUUUAUUAAAUACUUACACUGACUGUGUUAAGUCGGCAGCAGCCGAUUUAUGCAUGUUCAGGUGAGUGCAGCCACCUGGGUUCGUGUGCGUGUGUGUAUAUCUCAAUCCAUCAUUUAGAAAAAUAACAAGGUAAAAACUACAUAUGUAUAUAUGUGUGUUUAGAUGUAGCUUUUACUUUAUUUUUCAAAAUGAUUUAGCUUCAAUUUCCUAGUUUUCUAAUCCUUGUUGGGAAAUGAAUCCAUGUCAUCUUAUAUUUUUGGCUUGGUUAAUAGUCAUUUAAAUGCUUUUAAUGGAAAGAGAAGGUGUUGCGUUUUUUUUUUUCUGUUUUUUUUUCUUUUUCUUUUUACUUCUUUUCAAUAAAAUUCCUGCCCUGUGCUGAAUCGUAGCUUGCGGGAGCCAACUCUUUGGCUUGAAGCUGUUGAAAUUCAAUUCUUAAAUUCUAAUCAUAUUUCAUGCUGUAACAUCUUGAACAACUUGGGAACCGAUCACUUUCGUUUUCAAAGCCAACUGAACCUCUCUCUCUUUGUAUUUUUAAUAAAACUUCUCAGCAUGUUGACAGUGCUGAUUUGAUGGGAGUCUUGAUAUUCCUCCAAACUUUGAUUUAUGUGUAAAGGAGCCAAUUAAUGAAUAGAUCCAUUUUUGAGCUGUAUCAUUGUAGGCAUUUUUUUGCCUUGGGUAGGGGGAUGACAUAUUCAUUGAUGAUGUUUUGCGAUAGAAAUCCCCAAAUCUUGGCACAAUGCAGAGUCUAGAAAAAGCAUAAGUAACUUUCGUUGGUGCUAGUAUGAGAAAAGGUUGUUUAAUCAGCUGUGAAGACCACUGAUUGUGAUUACAAUACAGAGGGCAUUUUAGUUCAUUUAUGUAGUAAUUUCUAACUAGAUGAGGUUACAUGGUAAUUCUGUGGAAAAAAAUAUGUAUUGAAGGCAGACUAUAUAUGUAUAUAUAUUUAUUUUUUUACUCUGGCUGUAAGUAUCUGGUAUUGUAAAAAGAGUAAUUUUACUGAGGACUGGAUUUUGAAAUAUUUCUCUACAAUUGUCUGUGUUUUUGUGGUUUCGUGCAGGGUUUGACAAAUUUCUAGAAAUUAUUAGACUACCUCUUGUUAAAGGAUGUGGAUUUCGAAGGUCAUCUCUUUGCUUUUCUAAAAUUCUAAAUUAGAAUUGAAAUCAAAGAUCAAUGUAUCCAAGAAUUCAAAGACCCGUUACUCUUCAAAAAAAGGCCGGUUCAACGUCCAUUCCAUCCUCCAUAUUGGAGAAUUUCAAGAUCAAUUCACUUUCGUAUUUUUUUUCUCAUGUAUGAGAUUCUAAAAGCACGUCCAUCUUUUAUAAAAUAAAAAUUCCAGGACAAAUUCACACUUAGACAGGAGAAUUGUGAGACCGGUCCAAACGUAACAAGCAGAUCUCUCGUAUAGGACAAUGACCAGUUCCAUCUCCUAUAGGAGAAAUACAGCCCCCCCCCCCCCAUAUGAGUUCCAAAACUAGUUAAUCCUAGUAUAAGAAAUUUCAGAGUCUAAAAGAUCCCCCAAGGACAUGAAAUUCAGAAUGAAGAUAUUAUGCCAGCGUACAAUUUAUUCUCUGUUUAAUGUAGACGACAAAACUCUCUAAGUCAGCUAUACUUUUCAAUUUGGUUAGUCUGGCCUUAUAUUUGAAAUUCACUCUGAAUUCUCUCUUCAAGAAAUAACCCUGUUGGAUAAUUUAUGAAAACGUGUGGCCUUUCUUCAGUAGCCCAUAAAAGGAUCCACUCGUUGGCAUUCUGUGGUAUAUAGAGACUGAUUAGUUUGUGUAUUACCAUCUUGGAAAACAAAAUACUUUGUCAAGAUAGAACCUAAACAAUGCAUCCUACACAUGAUUUAAUCUGUAGCUGUAUCUCCAGCUUGCCCAGAACAAAUAGUACACUUUUAAAACAUAUGGCAUUUAUUCUGGACAAUUACCAAACAAGUUGUGUGUAAUCAGUCUUCCCUGUGGCUGCACAAACUAAUGGCAGAUAAAUGUUACGUGAUCAUCCUGCCCGUAGAUGACUAUUGAAACCACAGCAGGCAGAUUCCUCACGUCCCCUAAAGCCUGUAUGGCUUCACUGGAACAAAAUAAACUCCAGUUCCAUGUUAAUAUUUACAGAUGUUUUAUAUCUGGGGGACUUUCUUUGAGAAAGUUAACCCUUGUUCACAUUUUAUAUUACCAGGAUCUACGUGGUACUUAAAGGGACUAGCGUAUUUGUUCAUGUGUGUUGCUUUAUGUACAGUAUUAUAGGUAAAUACCUCUUGUUUUUGAUAAAAGGAAAAGAAAAAAAAACCUAAAACUAAAAUGCUAAAUAGCUGUAGGUUAUUUAUGGAAUCGUGGCUUGCUCUUUUAUGGUUGCUCACGCAGCCAUUUUCUAAAAGUAAGGACUCUGUACUGUUUGGGGAGAAGCCAACCUCAGGUAAGUCUAUCUGUUAAUAUAUACACUUCCUGACCAUAUCACCAGGGCAGUGUAGAUAUUUAAUAUAUACCUAUGUGAAUGUAAGCUUGUCAUCUAUAUGGUUUGUUGUUGGACAGGCUGUCUUUAAAGGAACACUCUGAAGGCCGUAACCACUACACCUUUUUGUAGUGGUUAUGGUGCUAGAAAUGCCCUGGUGCCCCUACCCGCUUAUUUAACAAGUCAAACGAUUUUUGAAUAGUCUCACUUAUUGUAUGCAAUCUCACUCCUUCACUACUAUUUGCGGAGAUCUGGAAUUUCACCUUUACCAACGGCAAUGUCCCCAGAUAUUUACAGUGCCGCUUUAAUUUCAAGUGCCUUAGACAUUUCUUGGUACAGUCACACUGAUGAUUUCACAUAUUUUGCAAUAUGGUAUUUUUACUCUCAAAUGUUGGUCCAAAUUAUGCAAUAAACAGCAAAUCAUUAAGUGAGUAAAUCCCUUGAUGUAUCAAGGCUUCCAGUAAUAUUCCAAACAUAUUUCCAUUUUUUGCAGAGUUGCAUGAACUUGGUGGAGUGUAUUCACUAAAAUAUGAUUUGUAGCAAACUGAAAUCCUAAAGGCAACAAAAACAAUUUCUGGAUCGGCUAUUUUUUUUCUACAUUUCACAACUCCGAUUUUAAUUGGCUCCAAAAAUCCUAUACACUACGUGAUGGCACAGUGACAAAUUAUCACUAUUUAUGUUUAGACUGGGUCAAAAGGAUAAGAUUAAACUAGAAUCCCACAUAAUUCUUCCCUGCAGUUGCAACUAAAUAUUAAAAUGUAAGAUUAUCUUCAUAGACUGCUUGUGCUUUGGGAGGCACUGGCCCUUUAAAAAGUGGACUUUUUAAGGCUACUUUCUGCCCCAUUAAAUAAGGAAGAGGUAAAAUUUCUCGUCAUGCCUUAGAGAGUUUUCAGAUCACAUUUCGUUUCAUUACACACAUGUAAUUAAUCACGUUGAACAGAUCUGUCUCAUUAUUAAGUAUCGUUCCUCUGAUGUUUUCGGUAAUAUGCACCAAAAAAUGCUUGUGAAAAAUGAGUGAAACUGGGUGCUUGUAAAUAAAAAUACAAAAAAAAAAAAAGCACAAUUAAUCUUGCAUGAACACAAAAUAGACUAUGUUAAAUGAACAAUGUUAAUAUAAAUUUCUGAAAACAGAAAAGCUAUGUAUAUAAAACUCUUACAGAAUGUGUAUAAUACAGGUUUAUUUCAGAUAGUUUACCUGCAGGAGAAGUCCGAUGUCCUCUGAGCUAAGCUGACAUGCUCUGCCAAUGCGCGUGGCCCUGCACAGACUUGCUUGGCUCAGUGUUGCUUGGCUUGUACCUUUUGUUAUCCUUGGCUCCACAUGUAUCCAUCCCUCCCUCAAGCUUGUCUUAUAGGGAGGUACUGGUUCUGGCCUUCAUUGCCUGUCCCUGCAUUCUUCAGAUAAAAAGUAGUGUUUACAUUGCUGCCUAGUAACACCUCUAGUGGCAAUCACUCAGACUGCCACUAGGGGUGCUUCCUGUGUCAGUGCUGCACUCUCUGCAUGGAAGGGUGGAACAUUCCCCAUAGAGAUGCAUUGUUUCAAUAGCCUCCCAAUGCUUUUCUAUUGGAAAGCAUUUGGCUGAGCUCAUCAAGGUUAUUGAUCUCCACCAUGGAGGCAUGGCCGGAUGUGGCCCAGCAAGGGAGAAAAGGUACGUUUUUUUUUUCACCCUUUUUAUCUCUACAGAGUUGGAUCCGGGCACCUAAACAUUGAUUCCUGCAUUAUAGUGCAAGAAAUAAAUGUUUGUAUUCCUGAUACUGUAAUGUUUCUUUUAACCUUCCUCAAUAAGAUGACUACUACCUAAACAUGUACUCCACAAUAUUUAGUUUUUGUUAUUAAAAUGCAAAACACAUAUUUUGCUUUACUCUAUAUUGUUUAAGAAUGUUGAGAUGAUGAUGAUGAUGAAUCCAUUUACAGAUGCACGCUCUGGAUGUGUCUACAUGGAAUACCCAAUACUGGACUGAAUGGAUUUGUGCAGUUACAUGGGAGCUUGUGACACCUGGGGAUGAUGUUUGGUAUCCUGAUGCAGUACAGUAA